CAACCCCACAGCUUCACGCCCCCUGACGAGAAGAGACAAGUUGCUUCAAGAAAGCAUAAAUAGAUGAACUGGGUCUCUUGAGUUACGACUGCAUUGCUCAGCCUUCUAAUUAUCUAUUUAUUACCAGCUGUUGUUGACACUAAGUUAAUUACGUUGACUCGGACGAUAGCAACAUGGCAUCUACUCACACCUCUGCAGCUGCUAGUAGCACCAUGCCGACUAAAACCCGCGAUAUCCAUAACCACCACAUGGAUUCAACGGUAUGGGACGACUUGAAAUUCCGACCUGACGAUAUCAUAAUCUCGACCUUUCCGAAGGCUGGCACGACAUGGACUCAGCAGAUCACUUGCCAACUAUUACACGCGGGAGACGAAAAGGUAGCACCAAAUGCGCUAUCGCCGUGGGUUGAGCUGCGCGUCGUACCACGCGCUCAGAUGUUACAGAUGCUCGAGGCCCAGGAAAGCCGGCGCUUCAUGAAGACGCAUCUCCCCAUCGAUGCCUUAGUCUUCAAUCCUAAGGCGAAGUAUAUUUUCUGCGGGCGCAAUGGGCGCGACUCGAUGUGGAGCUGGCACAACCACCUAUUUGCCGCGACAGAUAUGUUCUACCAGCUCUUCAACGACAACCCGGGUCGGGUCGGACCCGCACUGCGGCGGCCAAGUGACGAUCCGCGGGACAUGUUCAUGCAACUUCUUCAAGAUGAAAUGGAUCCCGAGCUUGGAUGGCAGUUCUGGGGCCACAUCCUUGGGUGGUGGGAGGUCAGGAGCCUGCCAAAUGUGCUCCUGAUCCACUACAACGAUCUUAAGGCCGAUUUGGAUGGCGAGAUGCGGCGGAUAGCGAAGUUCCUCGAGAUUCCCGAGAUGUCGCCCGAGCAAUGGAAGGCUGCGGUUGAGCACUGUACUUUCGACUGGAUGAAAGCUCAUGCGGACCUUGCAGCGCCGCAGCAAGCAGAAAUGGCCUGGAAAGAGGGUGCGGCGAGUUUCAUUCACAAAGGCACAAACGGUCGUUGGAAGGACAUCUUGUCAGAAGAUGACAACAGACGAUACCUGGAACGAGCUAGGAAAGAACUCGGAGAAGAGUGCGCUCAGUGGCUCGAAAACGGCCGUCUUCAGGGAGCCGUAAAGCUCGAUUAGACCGGCCAACUCAGACUGGUCUAGUUUAAUAGCUGAAUGAACUCAUUCCAGUGAUAUCAAGGUGUCACGGAACGACAUAAGGAGUGCAGUACCUAUGCCACUACGCCACCAAAAGGUAACGACGAGUUAUCAAGUCGAGGGCUUGACGUAUCUGCACUCACUAUAUAGUACUGUACUGUGACACAAGGCGCUUCU